CCUUCCAAUCCUUGAUCUCGCUUCAAUCAUGCACAGAUUCCUCUCAAUAUCGUCCAAAUCAACCUCUCUCAAAAAUCGGAAGCAGCUUCACCUCCCCUUCGUUUCACUAGUUUCUCCUGCUACACCAGAAGGGCAAUCCUGUUUUCACUAUUUCGAUCAAAAGCCACCUUCUUUAGGCACUAGGCUCGGUUUUGGUCGGGUUUUCUCGUCUGGGUAUUUUCCAAAUCGUGUUAAUUUGAAAGAGCAUGAAAGAUAUGAAAAUGGGUUUUUGAGGUUGAAGGGUUUUGCUGGGGAAAUUAGGAGUUACAGCAGUGAAAUUGACAGGGAGUCUAUAGAGUAUGAUGUUGUCGUUGUUGGGGCUGGUCCGGCUGGUUUAUCUGCAGCUAUAAGGCUCAAGCAAUUGUGUCAGGAGAAAAAGGCUGAUUUAUCGGUUUGUGUUGUUGAAAAAGGUGCUGAAGUGGGUGCUCACGUCCUUUCUGGGAACGUUUUUGAACCUCGGGCAUUGGAUGAGCUUUUCCCACAAUGGAAAGAUGAAGAGGCACCAGUAAAUGUCCCCGUUUCUUGUGACAAGUUUUUGUUUCUUACAAAGAAUCGUGCAAUUUCACUUCCUAGUCCAUUUGAUAACGAGGGAAACUAUGUUAUUAGCUUAAGUCAAUUGGUGCGUUGGAUGGGGGUAAAAGCUGAGGAAUUGGGAGUGGAAAUUUAUCCAGGUUUUGCUGCCAGUGAGAUAUUGUACGAUGAAGACAAUAAAGUUGUUGGGAUUGGAACUAAUGACAUGGGAGUUACCAAAGAUGGUUCUAAAAAAGAGAAUUUCCAGCGUGGUGUGGCAUUGAAAGGUCGGAUUACACUUCUAGCUGAAGGAUGUCGGGGAUCAUUAUCACAGAAAAUAAUGAAAGAGUACAAGCUGAGAGAGAAGGUACAAGCUCAACAUCAAACUUAUGCUCUGGGAAUUAAAGAGGUUUGGGAAAUCGAUGAGAACAAGCAUAAGCCUGGUACAGUUCUCCACACAUUAGGCUGGCCUUUGGAUUCCAAGACUUAUGGAGGUUCAUUUCUGUACCACAUGAAGGAUCGACAGAUUUCAAUUGGUCUUGUGGUUGCCUUGAAUUAUCAUAACCCUUUCUUGAAUCCUUAUGAGGAAUUCCAGAAACUCAAGCAUCAUCCCUCCAUAAAAUGUCUACUAGAAGGUGGGACUGUGAUUCAGUAUGGGGCUCGGACAUUGAAUGAAGGUGGUUUUCAGUCUGUUCCAUAUCCAGUUUUUCCGGGAGGAGCAAUAAUUGGAUGUUCCGCUGGCUUUUUAAAUGUACCAAAAAUAAAGGGAACUCAUACUGCCAUGAAAUCAGGAAUGCUAGCGGCAGAAGCUACUUUUGACACACUUCAUGAGGGUUCCAAUAUGGAAGCAUAUUGGGAUGCUUUGAGGAAUUCAUGGGUGUGGGAGGAACUUCAUAGAGCUCGGAAUUACCGACCUGCUUUCGAGUAUGGACUUCUCCCAGGCUUAGCCUUAAGUGCAUUGGAACACUAUGUACUGAAAGGAAAAUCUCCGUUCACACUUAAGCAUGGGAAACCUGACCAUGAAGCAACAAAUGUUGCUAAGUUACAUUCCCCAAUUGAAUACCCGAAGCCAGAUGGAGUAUUGUCCUUUGACAUGCCAACAUCUUUGCACAGGAGCAAUACAAAUCAUAACCAUGACCAGCUAGUUCAUCUUCGCUUGAGGGACCCGAAUAUUCCUGAAACUGUAAACUUGCCCGAGUAUGCUGGACCCGAGUCCCGAUAUUGUCCUGCCCGUGUAUACGAGUACGUUCCUGAUGAAAAGAAUCAACUUAAGUUGCAGAUCAAUGCUCAAAAUUGCUUGCACUGUAAGGCAUGUGAUAUUAAAGAUCCAAAGCAAAACAUCGAGUGGACAGUGCCGGAAGGAGGUGGUGGUCCAGGCUAUUCAGUCAUGUAGAAUAUAUAAGCUAACGCGCUUUUCGUUAUCAGCGGUCGUUGCAAAUGUAGUUUUACAUUUGGACUGUACAACAAAUACAUUAUUAUCUUUAAAAUAAUUAACAGCUCCACCUUAAAUGUUU